AUGGUCUCUGAUUCCAAAAUAUCAAUAAACGAAACACCAGUCCAAAACUUGCUUUCAAUUUCAAAUAUCUCUACACACUUUAUGCAACAGAUUGUUCCUAAAGAGGUCCUAUUAGCAACAGCUGUGAUUAAGGCUCAAGCGAAAAAUGGUCAAUUUUACCUAUUGCGAGCAUUACUCGACCAAGGCUCGCAGGCGUCUUUCAUAACAGAAUCGGCAGUACAGCUUCUUGGGCUAAGAAAGACAUUAAAUAAGAGCAUUAUUUCUGGACUGGGUGGUGAUAAGGGUGUUUUGGCUUCUAAAUACAAAGUUGAAGUAUUGGUUCAAUCAAAUCAUGAUCACAAUUUUGAAAUGGAAGUACAAGCCCAUGUACUGCUAACUAUCACAAGCUUGCUUCCUUCAACGAAAAUUCAGAAAGUAGAUUGGCCUCAAUUAUCUUCUUUAAAUUUGGCUGAUCCUCAUUAUAGCACACCUUCUAAAAUAUACAUUUUAUUGGGUGCUGAUGUCUACGGUGAUGUCAUCAAGGUCGGGUUAGUUCGGGAUCCAAACGGUGGAUUGACGGCUCAAUACACUGCUUUAGGUUGGGUUUUAUCUGGUCCCACUAACUUAGUUAAUGAGGAAAUUGCAGCACAAACGCAAUGUCAUCAUAACUUGAUACUUCGUAUUCAUACUCAAACUCAGAUUGAUGAUAAUGAGUUAUUAAAGCGGUUUUGGCAACUUGAUUCUGAUUCUGAUUCCGACAACACUAAAAUUAUCUCCGAGGAGGAGACUAGAUGCGAGGAGUUUUAUGCGAAAACAACACAACGAGGCGAAACCGGACGAUACGUUGUUCGUUUACCUUUUAAGGAAACGGACCCUCAAUGUAAAUAUGGAAGAUCUCGAGAUAUUGCAAUUAAAAGACUCCGUAUUAUUGAACAGAGAUUCAAGAAAAAUCAUGAGUUAAAGGCACGUUAUUCCGCAGUCAUGCAAGAAUACCUCGAUCUUGGUCAUAUGGAACAUGUUACUGUAAAAGAUAAAGAUCCAUUAGAAAGUGUAUAUCUUCCACAUCACGGCGUCAUACGUGAAGACAAGACCACGACCAAGGUCAGAGUCGUAUUUGACGCAUCUUGUAAAGGAACAAACGGAAUAUCUCUGAAUCAAACAUUGAUGGUGGGUCCCAAGCUCCAGCAAGAUCUACGUCACAUUAUAAUGAGAUGGCGAAUGCAUCCCAUUUGUCUGAGCGCGGACAUUGUAAAAAUGUAUCGGCAAGUGGUCGUUACUGACGCUGAUGCAGAUUUUCAACGACUUGUCUGGAGAGAAGAUGAGGAAUCUGAAAUAAAAGAUUACAGAUUAAUAAGAGUUACGUUUGGCACAGCUUGUGCUCCUUACUUAGCUGUGAAGACGUUGCAACAACUCGCCAUUGCUGAACACAAAGAAUGCCCUGAUGAAGCUGAAAAAAUAAUAACAGAUUAUUAUGUAGAUGAUUUAUUGACUGGGUGCGAAACAGUAGAAGAAGGAGUUAGGAUAUAUAAGGAAAUGAAUAACAUACUUAGGAAAGGAGGAUUUGAACUACAAAAAUGGGUUACUAAUAACAAGGAAUUGGCAGCAAAGGUGGUGGAUGACGGAGGAAAUCAGGACGGGAAGAUUGAAUUAAAAAUAGACGAAAUAGUAAAGAUAUUAGGGCUUAUCUGGGACAAGGAAUCGGACUCCUUUCAUUACUCAGUUCAACUUCCUCUUCUGCAUGAUGUUUAUACAAAACGAAAGGUAAUUUCAGACAUUGCCCGGCUUUAUGAUCCGUUAGGAUGGCUGUCACCUUGUAUUGUUUCAGCUAAGUUAAUGAUACAAAAACUAUGGUUAGCUGGUAUAGAUUGGGACGAGGCAUUACCAGAUGAUUUGUUGGCACAAUGGCUUACUUACCGUUCUGAGCUCAACGAUGUCAGCAAGGUUAUAAUACCAAGGUGGAUAGGAAGUAAAAUUGACAGUUUUAAAGAAUUACACGGUUUCUGUGAUGCAUCUUCUGUAGCGUAUGCUGCAGCGGUUUAUCUCAGGUGCAUUACUGAAGACGGUAAAAUUGAAACACACCUUGUAGCUGCUAAGACCAAAGUAGCGCCAGUGAAGCAGGUUUCAAUACCUCGGCUGGAGUUACUAUAUGCAGUUUUACUUGGAAGGCUUUUAACUGAAGUAGCCAAGGUGUUGAAUGUAGAGAGCAAGAAUGUUCAUGGAUGGACUGAUUCAACGGUUGUCCUGGCUUGGUUGAGUAAGCAUCCAAGUAAUUGGACAACAUUCAUAGGCAAUAGGACAUCAGACAUAUUGUCAAAAUUAGACAAUACACAAUGGGCUCAUGUUCAAACUCAACACAAUCCCGCUGAUGUCGCGUCCAGGGGAUGUGCACCUCUAGAACUUGUUGAAAAUAGUUUAUGGCUACAUGGCCCAUGGUGGUUACAAAAUUACUAUAUAGAAUAUGCACGGCCAAAAUCUAUAUCUACUGAUUUAGAGGAACGAACUAUUAAAACUUACCUUGUAAAAGAUACUGCAAUAGAUGUUCCAAUUUGGGAUAGAUUUUCGUCCAUUCAGAGGAUGAUUCGUGUCCUCGCAUUCUGCCGAAGAUUCUUAAAAAUCAAGGAGGUCAACCAAAAGCUCCAUAAGUUUGAGUCAUAUUUAACUUCUGUAGAGCUUAAUGAAGCUCUUGAUCUCAGUUUAAAAGAGUGUCAGAGAAGGGAGCUUGAAAUGGAAAAUACUCAACUGAAACGACUGAACUGUUAUCAAGAUGAUAGAGGAAUUAUAAGAGCACAGGGCAGAAUUAACAAAGCUCACCUUCCUGAUGACACCAAACAACCUAUCAUUCUUCCAAACAAGAGCAAUUUUACCAACUUAAUCGUUGAUGAUGCACACAAACGAACAUUACAUGGUGGCCCGUUGUUAAUGUUGAACUUCUUACGCACGAAGUACUGGAUAAUUGGUGCUAAAAGCUUGGUAAAAAGACAUGUACAUAAAUGCGUGACAUGUAUUCGAUAUAACGCAUCAACAAAAAAUCAAUUAAUGGGCCAAUUACCAUCUGCUAGAGUUAUGCCAGCGCGAGCAUUUCUUAACAGUGGUGUAGAUUUUGCUGGCCCAAUUAAUAUACGAAUGUCCAAAGGUCGCGGAAACAAAAGCUAUAAAGGUUAUAUCAGUCUUUUUGUGUGUAUGGUCACUAAGGCCAUCCACUUAGAAGUAGUUAGCGAUCUCACUGCUGACAGUUUCAUAGCAGCCUUUAAGCGAUUUCUUGCUCGGAGAGGUCACGUAAGCGAUAUUUGGAGCGACAACGGAACUAAUUUUGUAGGAGCGUCUAAAGAAUUGAGACAAAUAGUUGAUAAUGCUUCUGUAGCCACUGACGUUCGCGAAUGGCUUGGUAAUCAAAUUGUCACUUGGCACUUCAUUCCCCCUCAUGCCCCUAAUUUCGGAGGUCUAUGGGAGGCAGGGGUGAAGUCAACUAAAUUUCAUUUAAAGCGAAUCGUGGGUGACUCCACCCUUACUUUUGAGGAGAUGACCACAGUUUUGUCGCAAAUCGAGGCAUGCCUCAAUUCAAGACCAUUGUCGAUCUUACCUGGAGACACUACAGACCCCUCACCACUCACUCCAGGACACUUCCUAGUUGGAGAACCACUUGUAGUUAUCCCUGAAGCUAGUUAUGAGCAAAGUAACAUCAGCACACUUAAGCGGUGGCAAUUGACGCAGAGAAUGAUGCAAAAUUUUUGGCGUCGUUGGUCAAACGAGUAUUUAACGCAUUGUUUACAACGCUACAAAUUGUCAAAACUUACCCCGGAACCUCAAAUAGGAGAUGUAGUUCUUGUUAAGGAGGAUGAUUAUCCUCCGUCCAUCCUUCCACCGUCACGAUGGUGGUUAGGUAGAAUAGUUACGAAGCAUCCUGGCUUGGAUAACAUUGUUAGGGUCGUUACAUUGAAGUGUAAGGGAGUGCUUCUCAAAAGAGCACCAUCCAAACUUUGUGUUUUACCAAUAGCAGUUUAA